AUGACGAUGGAGAUCAGUGCUAUUAUUGGGAGUGAAAUUCGUUCCCGCCUUCAGCAGUUUGUGGAGGAGAGGAUGCAGACCACCAUGCUGACGGGCGUAUUGAUCGGUGCCGUGGUGGCUGUGUGUCUGAUAGGAAUCUCUGUGCUUUUCUUCUACCGCAGAUAUAAACUGCUGACGGGUGUAUUGAUCGGUGCCGUGGUGGCUGUGUGUCUGAUAGGAAUCUCUGUGCUUUUCUUCUACCGCAGAUAUAAACUGGCGAAUCAACAGGCUGGUGUUCCUCGCUAUCGCUUCAGAAAAAGAGAUAAAGUGCUCUUUUACGGCAGGAAAAUCAUGAGAAAGGUCCAGACCUUGUCCUCGACACCAUCCUCCUCUUCGGUGUCUAAGCAGCGCUCUCGGAAGAGGCCCAAAGUUCUUAGUAUAGCACGCAGGAUCUUGCGGAUCAGGAAGGAGCCGCCCACUUUGCAGCCCAAAGAGCCCCCUCCCUCUCUCCUGGAGGCAGAUCUCACUGAAUUUGACGUGCAGAACUCAAACCUGCCCUCAGAGGUGCUCUACAUGCUCAAGAACGUCAGGGUACUUGGUCAUUUUGAGAAGCCUUUGUUUUUGGAGCUGUGUCGGCACAUGGUGUUUGUGGAGCUGCAGGAGGGAGAGGAGCUGUUCAAGCCAGGGGAUGAUGACGACAGCAUUUAUGUGGUUCAGGAUGGAAGGCUGGAGCUUUGCAUUCAUGAGAUUGAUGGCACAGAGCCUGUGGUGAAGGACGUUCUGCCCGGGGACAGCGUUCACAGUCUGCUCAGCAUUCUAGACAUCAUUACAGGUUAUCCUGCUCCCUAUAAGACUGUGUUUGCUCGUGCGGCGGUCAGGUCUACCAUAUUGCGUCUGCCUGCCUCAGCGUUCCAGUCAGUGUUUGAGAAAUACCCAGAGACUCUAGUGAGAGUCAUACAGAUAAUCAUGGUGCGUUUGCAGAGAGUCACUUUCCUGGCACUUCACAACUACCUGGGACUGACAACCGAGCUUUUCAAUCAGGGUUAUCCUGCUCCCUAUAAGACUGUGUUUGCUCGUGCGGCGGUCAGGUCUACCAUAUUGCGUCUGCCUGCCUCAGCGUUCCAGUCAGUGUUUGAGAAAUACCCAGAGACUCUAGUGAGAGUCAUACAGAUAAUCAUGGUGCGUUUGCAGAGAGUCACUUUCCUGGCACUUCACAACUACCUGGGACUGACAACCGAGCUUUUCAAUCAGGAGAGACAAGCAGUGCCGCUGUUCGCAGUCAACAGUGUGCUCACUGAGGGGAGUCCCAGCAGAGUCCCACGCAGAUCCCACUUACAGACACAAACAGAAGACGAGCACCUGCAGAGCUCUGGAGAGAACUUGACAGACUCGGAUGGAGGGCAAGCUGGUUCAUAUGAAAACACAUCCACAGCCACGCAGAGGUCUCGCUCGGUCUCGAUGCCUGUAGAGACCUCAGGAGUGGCAGGAAAUGACCUGAACAUGGCUUAUGAACGGGCCCGAGUCACCAUAGAUGAUACUCCAUCCAGUUCUGUCAUUCACAAGUCCAUUUUGAAGAAGAGUGUGACCAUGCAGCAUGCUCCGUCCACUGUGAUUCACUACAUAAGCAAUGCACCACACUCUGACGUUCCCCCUUGUAAAGUGGGUGCCAUUUACCAGGCCGCCAAGAAGGAUCUGCUGGGGAUUAUUCCGCUGCAGGACCCCAGUUUGCUGGAGGGCAGAGUAACACUCCAUCAAGUUAAAGCUGGAUCUGUUGUAGCUCACCAAGGAGAUCAGGAUGUAAGUGUGCAGUUUGUGAUCUCGGGCACACUGCAUGUGUACCAGCGAAUGAUUGACCGAGAGGUGGACACGUGUCUGUUUGUGGCUCACCCAGGAGAGCUGGUGGGUCAGCUGGCCGUAUUGACGGGUGAGCCACUUAUCUUCUCCGUACGGGCGCAUCGGGACUGCAGCUUCCUGUCCAUCUCGAAAACACACUUCUAUGAGAUCAUGCGAGCUGAGCCCACGGUGGUGCUGAAUGUGGCUCAUACAGUUGUAAGAAGGAUGUCAUCUUUCGUCAGGCAGAUUGAUUUUGCCCUUGACUGGAUGGCUGUGGAGGCGGGCAGAGCUGUCUACAGGCAGGGUGAUAAGUCUGACAGUACUUUUAUAGUGCUCAGCGGCCGCCUGCGUUCUGUCAUCAUGAAGGAGGAUGGGAAAAAAGAGCUGACUGGAGAGUACGGCAGAGGAGAUCUCAUUGGAGUGGUGGAGGCUCUGACCCAUCAGAACAGAGCAACUACGGUUCACGCUGUUCGGGACUCAGAACUGGCUAAACUUCCUGAGGGCGCUCUCAGUUCCAUCAAGAGAAAAUUCCCACAGGUGGUCACAAGGCUUAUUCACCUUCUUGGACAGAAGAUACUCCAGCAAGUUAAUGGACCUUUGACAGCUCGCAGUCUAGCUCUACACACACCUGGUAGUAAAUGGGACGCGGGGAACCCUGCCUCAAACCUGUCCACUGUCACUGUGCUCCCGGUAUCAGAGGAGGUUCCUCUGACUGCGUUCACCCUGGAACUUCAGCAUGCACUCUUAGCUAUUGGCCCCACUCUUCUCUUGACUAGUGACAUCAUCAAACAGCGCCUCGGCUCUGCUGCGUUAGACAGUGUGCAUGAGUACAGGUUAUCGAGUUGGCUGGGCCAGCAGGAAGACAUCCAUCGCAUAGUCCUAUAUCAGACAGAUGUGUCACUCACUCCAUGGACUCAGCGCUGCAUCAGACAGGCCGAUUGCAUCAUCAUCGUGGGACUGGGAGAGCAGGACCCAGCCGUGGGAGAGUUGGAACGUAUGUUAGAGGGGAGUGCGGUGAGAGCGCAGAAACAGCUGGUGUUGUUGCACCGCGAGGACGGCCCUCCUCCCAAAGGAACAGCCGAAUGGCUCAACAUGCGGAGCUGGAUCUCCAGGCACCUUCACCUGUCCUGCCCCCGCAGGGUCUUCUCCAAGAGGAGCCUGCCAAAAUUGAGAGAAAUGUACCAGCGUUUGUUCCAGAAACCCGCUGACCGCCACUCUGAUUUCUCACGUCUGGCCCGUGUUCUUACGGGCAACGCCAUUGCGCUGGUGCUGGGGGGCGGAGGAGCCAGGGGCUGUUCUCAGGUGGGCGUCAUUCGAGCAUUGAGUGAGGCGGGAAUCCCCAUUGAUCUGGUGGGCGGCACCUCUAUCGGUUCCAUGAUGGGUGCGCUGUACGCAGAGGACCGCAGAUACAGCAGGAUGAAGAUCAGGGCCAGAGAAUGGGCGAUGGAAAUGACAUCAGUGUUUAAGAAAAUGCUGGACUUGACCUACCCUGUCACUUCUAUGUUUUCUGGUGCUUCGUUUAACUCUAGCAUUAAUGCUGUCUUCAAGGACAAACAGAUAGAGGAUCUCUGGAUCCCAUAUUUCAACAUCACCACAGAUAUCACUGCCUCCACGAUGAGAGUGCACACUGACGGCUCCCUGUGGAGGUAUGUGCGUUCCAGCAUGUCUCUUUCUGGUUACCUGCCACCAUUGUGUGAUCCAAAAGAUGGACAUCUGCUCAUGGACGGAGGCUACAUCAACAACUUGCCAGCGGAUGUGGCACGCUCCAUGGGUGCCAAAGUGGUUAUUGCCAUCGAUGUGGGCAGCCAAGAUGAAACCAACCUCACCAACUACGGGGACGCCCUUUCUGGCUGGUGGCUGCUAUGGAAACGGCUCAACCCACUGGCUGAGAAAGUAAAAGUGUUGAACAUGACUGAGAUCCAGGCCCGGCUGGCUUAUGUGUGCUCAGUGAGACAGCUUGAAUCUGUUAAGAAUAGCGACUACUGUGAAUACCUCAGACCUCCCAUCGACAGAUACCGCACACUUGAGUUUGGCAAGUUUGAUGAGAUUAGCGAAGUGGGCUAUCAGCAUGGGAAGACGGUGUUUGAUGUGUGGUGCAGGAGUGGAGUGGUGGAAAAGAUGAUGAAGGACAGACAUCAGGAGGAAUUCCACAAAACACAGAGCAACAGUUUGGUAACCUGUCCAAAUGCUUCCUUCACUGAUCUGGCUGAGAUUGUCUCACGGAUUGAGCCAGUCAAACCAGCUCUUGUGGAUGAUGAAUCGGAGUAUCAUACAGAAUAUGAAGAGGAGAUGGCAGAGAGCGCACUGUCAGACAUUGAGCUCUACAACCAUUACAGUGAGCACACAGAGGAGGAACUGACCGCAGACACUGAUGAAGAAUUCGAGAGGUCUCAUAGGCAGCGUGUGCGUUCUGACGUGGAAAACCUAGGGCCCGUGUCCUCCAAAACACCACAGACCUCUAGCCCCAACAGUUCUCCAGCCCUCCACAAAAGAACAGCACAAGGACUAAAAUCCCUCCAUCCCGACCACUGACCCAGAUAUCAGCAUGGCAGUGAACAAACACUGGCACACCCAUGAUUUGGGGUUUGGCCUUCUGUACACAUUCCAGUCACACCAAGUACAUCCAGGCCUUGAGGAACAGGGACUGAGUACUUUAUGUAUUUACACAAGCCUUUUUCCCCUCUCAUAAAAAAAUCCAAAGAAAACAUCUAUUGCUGCAAUGGAAGUUUAAGAUGGACAUGCUGGGUAACAUUGCAUGAGGUUGAAAUAAUACCUGGCCUUGCAUGUGAGCAGUAACUCAAGACUAUCCCAGAGUGUCUGUGAAGUUUCAUGCUGACUAUGAGCUCUUUUGAUUGCCAAGCGUCGUCUUCACUCCGUCUUGAAUUACUGGUUAAUCAAUAGAGUAGGAAAUUCCACAAUUAAGACAAUCAGCUACAACUUUCUUUACAAACAGUUAGAUUGGAUUGCAUGUUCGGCUGAUUAUUUCUUCUGUAAAUGAAAGUAGCAGAAAAGAGCGAAAUAAUGAUUUAGAGUUAAAAAAAAGAAAGUGAUAUUGAAUGUAGAGUUCUCUGUUUAUAAGCUCAGAUGACCAUUGUUGACUUUUUGUUUCAUUUAAACCUCUCAAAGACUGUUUGGCAAGUUGAUUUUGGCUGUUUCACACAGGUCAGUAACUCCUAGCUCAGGGGUACAUAAUCUAUGGACAGUUGAGUGAUCGAUUUAAACUAACCAGCAUCGUAUAUCACACCGAAUGUGUCUGAUGAGUUAAUCAUGCCUCUAGCUGCAUGUGAUCAAACAAUGCAACUCACAAAAGCAAGCCUAUCAAUGCAAUACUUUUUAUAUUUCUUGUUUUUGUUGUGAAAAUCACUGUAUGAUACCUGUAGUGCCUUUUAAUCUUAGUACUAGCCAUA